UAUUUAUCAUUGAAUAUAUGAACAAUCGUUCGUCUUGGGACUGUUGGCAGCGAUGAGGAUUUUUCUAGCUUCCAUAUUUCUUUGUUCUGUUGUUUGGGCUAGACCUCAAUCGGGUCACGUCCCCGGUUAUGAUCCCAACUACCCUGAAGAAGUUCCAGGGCUCUUUGAGGGAGAUGUUGACAAUGAUCCAGAAGAAAUCGCAACUCUGAGAAACUCCAUGCGUGACCACAGAUCUUUAUGGCCUAGUGGAAUUGUCUACUACGAAAUAGGCGCUCCCCACACUUCUCACCCUUCACGAGUUCAAUUGUUCAAAGAUGCUAUGCAGUACAUCACAGAUAAAACAAUGGUAAAUGGAAAAACAUGCGUGCAGUUCAAGCCCAGAACCUCUCAGACAGCAUACAUCAGAUUUGUCGAGGGAACAGGGUGUCACACAAACAUCGGAUAUGCAGGAAAGGAAAAGGAUUUGACUCUGUCCGAUGGGUGUUACUCAAAGGGAAGAGUAAUGCACGAACUUCUGCAUACUCUUGGAUUCUGGCACGAGCAGAGUCGAUACGACAGGGACAAUUACGUCAGAAUACAUAUGGACAAUGUCCAAUCAGCUCACCAGCACAACUUCCUGAAGCACGACGAGUCGGAGAUGGAUCUACUGAACGAGCCGUACGACUACGACUCCGUGAUGCACUACUCGGCUCACUCCUUCGCCAUUGACAGAGACAGGGUCACUAUAGAAGUCCUCCAACCGGGGGUGACCAUUGGGCAACGAACGCACCUUAGUGACAUCGACAUUGAGGAGAUCAAAAUACGAUACGGAUGCAUUCCUCGUAAGACGGCUGUACCUUCCGGAAGUCACACGGGACCUACCCAGGCCCCGGAUGUACACGUGACUGAACACACUGGAGCCCCUGGUACAUUUCCUUCAAAUCCGGCGGCUACUUGUACUUUUGAGGACGGACUUUGUGGAUGGACUCAGUCUACGUCCGACUCAUUGGAUUGGACUCGUUUCCAUGGGAAAACCCCCAGUCACUACACAGGGCCCGAUUUCGAUCAUACGUCACUCGAUGUUACUGGUAAUUACCUGUAUUUGGAGGCCUCAUCUCAUACCGACAGAACAGCACAGCUGAUCUCUCCACUCCAGUCCAGCGGCCAUUACUGUUUCAGCGCUUAUUACCACAUGUACGGUACGGACUCAGGUACCCUAAGCUUUAAAGUUCUCCAGCAUGGACAUAGCCACACCCUCAAAUCAUUUAGAGGGGACCUCGGAAAUCACUGGAAUCACGUGAGGAUGGAGAUCAGCAUCCACCAUCAUUUUCACAUCGUGGUGGAAGGACACACAGGACAUGGUUCUAAGAGUGACAUUGGCAUUGAUGACCUUUCUUUAACACCUGGCCAUUGUUAAACUAAUUAAUUAAACAAUAAAGGUUUUUGUACAUUACA